AUGACGGAGAAAACAGCCCCCUGGUGGAGGUCUUUCGUGGGCAAGAGGAGAAAAACAGCCAGAGAAUCGGCAGAGAUCCUGGAACGAGACCUAAGUAACCAGGAGCCGGACCAACAACCCACUUCACCCAUAGAUCCAGCGAAAGAAGCAGGCAACUGCCUGGAUAGCGACGAAACUUAUGACGACUCCGCUGUUCAGCCAACUUUCAACGAGCUCUCCAAUCGCCGUAAUCUCCUUGUGUCCCGCUCCGGUCGCUUCAAAGAGAAACGGAAGACACGCGCGAGUCUUCCACAGAGCAACGAAGGUGAUGUGAAACCUGCAGCUGUCAAAUCCUCUGACGUUCAAUCAACGCACUGACUGCACCCUCGGUUUACACCUGAUGGUAGAGCACGAUAUACGGCACUACCUCCUGACUGACACUUUUGAACAUUUUGACUCAUGAAUGCACUUAGGACCUAUAUGAAGUUAAGGGUAUAAAAUGAAUAGCCUAAAUUAUC